AUGGUCAGGGAGAAUGUGCGGGGAGAGCUAGAGGAACUUGAGGCUCUCCAGCCGGGGGAGGUGCUUCACUACGACUACCGCAGCGACGCAGCGAGGGCGGUGAAGCUUCCGGAGAACUUUCGGAUCGUUCAGUGGAAUAUUGAGCGUGGGAUUCAGUAUGAACGCAUUGUGCAGACACUGCAAGCCCUUCAGGCCGAUGUUCUCGUGUUGCAGGAGGUGGACAUCAACUGCCGGCGCUCGCACUAUCGGAACGUCGCCCGUGACCUCGCCGAGGCGCUGGGGAUGGAGAUGUACUUCGCCUGCGAGUUCGAGGAGCUCGAUGCGGUGGAUCGGCUGCCAGUGCACGCCGUGGGCCCGCUCUCGCCGCCGAGAGCCACAACUGGUGAUGAAAAUGUCGAUGGGAUCUCCUUGCACAGGCAGGGCCGCCGCUUUCACGGCAACGCCAUCCUCUCCGCACAUGCUACUCUCAGUGAUCCCUGCGUUAUUCGCCACACGGCGGGUAUUGACUGGGAAACAGAGGGGAGGAAACGGCAUGAGCCGCGGCAUGGAUUUCGCAAUGUCCUGCGCUGCCGUAUUCGCCGCAGUGAACGCACGCAUCCGCAGAUGCCGGACCUGUAUGUGUACUGCUGUCAUUUCGAGGUGUUUUGUGGGGCGCUUUCAAGAGUGCGACAACUGCUGGACGUCGUGCGCAACGCCACCAGUGUGCUCAAGGAGGAGAAGCAGCAUGGCAUCUCUUAUUCUUAUGGCUCCCACCACCACCACCACGGCCAGCAGCAGCAGCAGCAGCAGUCCGCCUUUAUUAUUGCUGGAGACUUGAACACCAUGGCGGAUGGCAUUGUGCGUCUGGCGACGAGAUUUGAUCUGGGGCGGUUGCGGUUCUUUGGCGUUGGGGAGAAGGAGGCAUGUUGGCUGCAGCGCAAAGUUCUGUCGCGUCACAUGCGUCAGAGUUGCUGCCCCUUUUCCUUCCGUUUUCUUUUUCACCUACUUGGUAUGCUGCAUGACACCGUUUGGAACAGUGAUUUGGUGUGGCGCUGGGUGUAUGGCUUCUCCGAAGACGAAAUCGCUGCGUUAGACAAUCGUCUGCUUUGCUUCUACGACCCAGGCGACAAGGCGCUGUCGAUCACGCUCGAUAACCCGGCCUUCCACGGCUUCGUGCGUGGGAAGCUGGAUUGGUUGCUGCUAAGCAAUCUUAGGGUUGCGCCGCCCACGCUCACGGAGGAGGCCAUUGCUGCGCUGAAGGACAGCAGCUCCAUCACCGCAGAGACCGCGUCCACGCUGUCGGCGUUGCAGCAGAAGAUGCUGCUGCCACAGCAUGGAUACGUGCUAUUUAACGAGCACUUUGACGCCUCCGACCAUAAAGGUCUACUGAUGCACGUCCAGCAGCACAGUGGGCUGCCACAGGAAACCUACCCGAAGUAUGGCGCUAUGUACACUGCGUCAUGGGUUCAUGUGGGAUUUUUCACGAUGACGCGGGCACUGCCGUGGGUCGGUCUGGCGUUUAUACUCUACAAGCAAUGUCAGCGUUGGCGUUAG